CUGUUCUCCCUCUUCUUCUUCUCUCCUCUUCCUUCAUUCCCUCUCGCUGUUUCAAUUGUGUUGUGAGGCGAAAACUGUUUUAGGGUUUGUUUGCUUCUUCUUCUUCUUCCAUGGCUGCUCCACCUGCUAGGGCUAGAGCCGAUUACGAUUACCUCAUAAAGCUCCUUCUCAUCGGCGACAGUGGUGUGGGCAAGAGUUGCCUUCUUUUGCGCUUCUCGGAUGGCUCAUUCACCACCAGCUUUAUUACUACCAUUGGCAUUGAUUUUAAGAUAAGAACAAUUGAGCUCGAUGGCAAACGAAUCAAACUGCAGAUCUGGGACACAGCUGGUCAAGAGCGGUUCCGAACUAUCACAACAGCUUACUACCGUGGAGCAAUGGGUAUUCUGCUGGUGUAUGACGUUACCGAUGAGUCAUCAUUUAACAACAUUAGGAACUGGAUCCGCAACAUUGAACAGCAUGCUUCUGACAAUGUCAACAAGAUACUGGUGGGGAACAAGGCUGACAUGGAUGAAAGCAAAAGGGCUGUGCCUACCUCAAAGGGCCAAGCACUUGCUGAUGAGUAUGGUAUCAAGUUCUUUGAGACUAGUGCAAAGACAAAUUUAAAUGUGGAGCAGGUUUUCUUUUCAAUAGCAAGAGACAUAAAGCAAAGGCUUGCAGAAACAGACACCAAGGCAGAGCCUCAGGCACUUAAGAUUAACCAACCAGACCAAGCGGCUGGUGGUGCUCAAGCUCCCCAAAGAUCAGCGUGUUGUGGUUCUUAAUGCAAUCAAAAUUUGGAGUUAGGAGAGAGACAGA